AUGUCAGAGCCACCAAAGACUCCCCAUCGCUACCAGGUGUACCUCCUCCUUGGACAGGCCGACAGGUCCUUCAGCCACUACGGCCUCUUCGUCGAGACCGAGGAUGACGGGAGAGGCAUAAUAACGGAAUUAAUCAUCGGCAACUGCCGCGACACCGCAAUGCAGCUGACGCAGUCCCGGAGCCCCGUCGAGAUCUUCAGCCCAGAGUGGUCGCGGCUCGAGCCUGUCGGCCACGUGUGGGACAUUGAGCUGUUCUUGUCAACGAUCAUGACGAUUCCCCCGCCGGAGCAGCCGAAUAUGAGGGAGCGCGGCGUUGUGAAGCGCGUGUGGAUGGAACGGGCGAUAAGGGAGCUUAUGGAGAUAUACAUCAUGUUCAAAGACAGGAAUCCGUCAGUCGACUGA